AUGAGCUUCGCGCAGCCAACCAAAAAGUCAUUCUCUUCAACGGCCGACUUCAGCAAUCAGUCUUAUGGGAUGCCUUAUUUCGUCGAUGUUGAUGUGCUGGCUAUGAAUCUCGUCCCGCAGGCCCCUGAGGCAUUCGACGAUAUACAGGCCAGGUUCCAGAGAAUUCAGGACGCCCUAUCCUCUACGCCAAAAGUGAUGUGGAAUGUCCAAGAGCUCUUUAAGUACCUGACGAAAACCGUCACCAAGAUACUUAAAACACAGUCUGUUUAUGUGUAUGUUGAUGGCAUCGACCACUCAGGAGAAGCGGUAGCCAAACUCGUCCAAGACCCCUCAAAACUUCUCGAAACGUCUCAACCAAACCCCUCAACCAAGAAGCCCAAUGUGACACAUGGGCUCAAGGUCAUCUUUUCCAGUACAAUCGUCCCUGCCAAAGAGCCGUUCCCACAAUCAUACAUCAACGUGGAUGAGAAGAAUAGGCCAAGCCUGAAACAGUUCCUCGAGGAACAACUCUCUACUGCUGACUACAUCAGUCAAAUCUCGUUCUGUCAAAACCAAGUGACUCAGCAAGAAACUGCUCAGGGUUAUCAACCAUUCAGCGUGAACCCUCAAAAACCCAGCAUGUUACCGUCUCAACCUCAGGCACCCGAAAUUAAGCCCUUUGAUUCAUCGGUCAAACUCGUUUCUCUCCCGAGCAUUGAACGCAAGCCUAUCGGGGCUCAAUCAGGUCAGCCAGAACAGCCAUCGCAAGUUCAAAAUGGUGUGGUUUCGCCGCUAUCUAUCAUCCCCCAAGCAGCUCCAGGUAAACGAUCAACUACGCCUGGUAUAUCUCAGAACUCGAUCACAGCGCGGCAUAGCACCCCAACUCACGAUGUAGUUACAUCUGCGAGACCCGUUCUGGCUCUGGCUCAGACGCCUCCUUCCAAAGCAUCCCCAUCAUCAAAGCCUAUUGCAGUUCAGAAGUCUACUUCGACUCAGAAGCCUGUUCUAGGCCAAACCCAACAGUCUCAGAAGCCUGUCCCAUCUCAGCAGACCUUGGCGGCUCCAAAGUCGUCUACACAACAACCCGCAAUAAUUCAGAAACCUGUCACGACUCGACCUUCUUCACAGAAGCCCGCCACAGCCGAACAGCCUGAUUCUAUCGCCAAGCUUUCUCCGACCCAGAAGCCAGCUCCCACGUAA